GUUUCUGACAGAGGAGCUGGUGGGAGAGAUAGUUGAGGAGACCAAUCGCUAUGCCUUAGAGCUACAGGAGAAGAGAGAGCCAGGAGUGAGGGGAAAACUCGCUAAAUGGGUGACAACCACAAUUAGUGAAAUGUAUACCUUCCUGGUGACAGUCCUUCUCAUGGGAAUAGUAAAGAAGAACUCCCUAAGAGAAUACUGGAGCACAGAUCCUAUGUUUGCAACUCCCUUCUUUGCCUCCCUCUUUUCCCAAGAUCGCUUCCUAGUUCUGCUGCGAUGCCUGCAUUUUGUCAACAAUGCUACUGCCAUCCUAAGUGACCCGUUACACAAAAUAAGAAAUGUUCUUAUCAGCCUGACAUCAGCAUUUGGUCUGGUCUUUGUACCAUACAAGGACCUAUGCAUUGAUGAGUCCCUGAUGUUAUGGAAAGGUAGGCUGGCGUUCCGUCAAUAUAUUCCCUCCAAAAGGCACAGGUUUGGAGUCAAGUUCUUUGUCAUGUGCGACGUGAAGACAGGAUUUGUCCAGGAUAUUAUAGUUUACACAGGGUCCACCACUGACAUCAAACAUUAUGAGGGGCUUGGGGUGUCAGGGUCCGUGGUGAUGACCAUGCUGGCUCCUCAUCUCGGCAAGGGACACACUUUGUACGUGGACAAUUGGUACAGCAGUCCCACACUCUUCCAGCAUCUGCUCUCCAACAGCACAGGGGCCUGUGGCACAGUCAGGUCGAACCGGAAGGGGAUGCCGGCAUUCGGAUGCGGGAAGAUGCAGAGAGGGGAGGUGGAAUUCCAGGAGAACGGUCAACAGCUGGCAGUAAAGUGGCAUGACAAGCGAGACGUCCAUGUCCUCUCCACUGUCCAUACAGCAACCAUGUCGGCCACAGGGAAGGUGGAAUUGUGUGCUUGA